AUGAAGGAGACCACACAGGCCUCUCCAGACCAGACUGCUCCCACCAUAAAGCACAAGUUCAAGUUUUCAUUUGAUGUGGGAAACAAGGCACCCAAAAUUAUGGCAGAAGCCCCAGCACACGUUCAUUGCCGUGAAGGGGAGGCAGUGGUAUUGGAAUGUGCUGUGUCUGGGCAGCCCCCACCAGCUGUGGUCUGGUCCCUGAAUGACCAGAGUCUCUCUGCCAGCGAAAAGCUGAAGUUUGAGGAAGGCGAGAAUGGCACAUACCGCUUACACAUCCAAGGGGUCUCUGUUGCGGAUGCCGGGCUAUACUGUUGUGUGGCCAAGAAUGAGGCUGGAACAGCACAGACUGCCUCUGAGCUGACAGUGCAGCCCAGUGCACCCAGGUUGUAUAGCAAGGGUGGAGACACUGAGGAACUGCCUGCUGUUGACCAUGUCCUGCACCUCCAAGACCUCAGCAUGAUUGGGAAGGAUGAAGAAGAACAGAUCACAUGCUCCAAGGAGGAGAAAUCCCACCUACCCUGGACUAUGACGCUGUCUCCAUCUCCUGCUGUGCAGUUGGAAGAAGAAUGUGAGAAAACUUCUCACUUCAAAGAAAGUGAGAUGGAGGAAAUGAUGGUGCUGGAUAUCAUGGAAGUUUGUACAAGGCAGGAAAUGAGUUAUACAGAAGAAAGUGUGAGGGAUACAGGUGGUAUUUCUGAGAUGAGACAGCACAGUGGAAAAGCUGUCUCUGAGGAACUCAGCUUUGGCAUUGGUGCCACUGAGCUGCACCCCAGCAUUUCCAGAGAAGAGCACGAACUGGUGGCCAAGGACUCGGGUCACUUUUCUGAGGAGCUGGAGGCUGAAGGAGACAAAAUGGUACCACGUACAGAUGCUCUGUCCUGGGAUAUCUUGAAGUCACCAUUUAUGGAAGUGAAAAGGCAAGCACAUACCUCUGAGCAAUGUUCUCUCUCAAGGGAGUGUGAGGAUUCACAGUUUUUCAUUCCUAUAUUACCUGAAGUGCAAGAAGGGAGUGAUGUUUAUAUGGAGGAGAGCAAUGCUCCUGCCUGGGAGGCAGCAUCUCCUGAUGCGCCUUUUACAGAAGAGCCAAGUGUGCCCCACUCACAGGACAACACUGCAAGCACACCCACAAAGGAGCAGUUUGGCUUCUAUGACUUCUGUGCAGAAGUGCAGCAGGAGGAACAGGCCAAGGAGCAAGAGAGAUCUGUUGAUAUUAAACAGGACAUCGAGGUUGAUGAUCAUCUUUGUAAAGAAGAAAUGAUCAAUGCUGGGGAUGCUGCACACUGGGAAAUGCACAAUGAUGGACGAAUGCUGCAAGAAAUUGAGUCUGAUGGACAAAUGCUGCCAGAAAUUGAGUCUAAUGCAGACAAUUCUUUGAAUCUAAUCCUCACUCCUCCUUUCAUAGAAAACUCAGGCCAGGAUUUUACUGAGGAAGUUGAGGUUCACCUAGAAGAAGUACAUUUCAAAGAACAGCUGUUGCCAUCUGAGACAGAGGAGACCAAUAUCACAUUUGAUCUGAAGAAGUUUGUAGAGCCGCUCCCAGCUGCAGAGACUGUGGAGACAAAACAGGCACAAACCCUGGGCACUCUGGAGAGUGUGGAGGUAGGAGUGGCUGGGCUCAUCUCCCCUUUGCACCAACAUGAUGUGCUUGUGGAAGAGUUGUCUCUGAGUGAGGAGCUGCGCCAGAGCUACAGGACACGGCAGGAAGAGGUUAGUGUACAGGAAGAGGCACAACCAAGAGAAAUCAGAAGGGCUGAUUUGCAAGUCCCUAAUGGGGACCUCAGAGGCACCAUAGUAUCUGCUGAAGAGGGAUGUCCUGUUGAAGAAAUUCAUGAGUCAGAGGUGAGUGCAUGUGAGGAGAUUUCACUUGAGGGACAAUUUCACAGUUUUUUGGUGGAGUCCAAAGCAGAUUUCCAAAGAGGAGUGCAGGAAACAUAUGUAUGGGAGAGUGGGGAACAACUGGAGACCACAGACUCGCAGAGUGACAGCUUUAUCAUUGACUUGAAAAAAGCUGCAAGUGAAAAGAAACCCCAGACUGGGCAUCAGGCCAAGGAGGAAGAAGGUUCUGGGAUAGAAAAGAUCUUUGAGACAGAAGUGAGCAGCUCCACCUGUGAGAUAGAAAGAACAGAUUGCCCUGAGGAGAUGCCUGGGGACACCCAACAGGAACCAAACACAACCAAGGGCUUCUCUUUUGGACAACUCUUACUUGGUUUAGUAAUGGAUGAUCCUGUGGAACAGAAGGAGCAAAGGAAAGAGUCUUGGGACAAGAAGAGGUCUCCCACUGAGGAAGCCUCUGAGGAUAGCCUGGAUGGAGAAGGAUUGUGGGAGGAUGUUUCUGAAGAUCCAAACCCCAGUGCUGUUCAAGUCUCAGAGUUGGAGACUGACUUGUCUCUGACCAAGUAUUUACAGUCAGUUGGGCCACAGAAAACUCUGAAUCUCAAAGGAAAAGUGCAGAAGGAGCGAGAGACCAUUACUUCACUGGAAGUGGAGGAGUCAGAAAUGUCUAUAGAACUGGAGAGCAGGAGUGGAGAGGAGUCACCUGAUUCGGACCGCUUCUACACACCUCCCUCCUCAGUGGAGAUCUUUGAAACUGCUUCAUCAGCAUCCUACCACACACCGCUCAGCACACCUGAGCGCUACUCCACACCAUCUGAGGGCUCAGGCUACAACACACCACCCGAGCGUUUCUCCACACCGUCUGAAGGCUCAGGAUAUAGCACACUGCCCGAGCGUUACUCCACACCCUCUGAAGGUUCAGGAUACAGCACACCACCUGAGCACUACUCCACCCCCUCUGAGGGUUCAAAAUGCAACACACCCUUGGACCACUAUUUCACACCCUUCGAGGGACCCUGCUCUGUGUCAGGAGACAGCACACCACCAGAGCGCUACCGAACACCCACUGGGGAGUAUAUGGAUGCCCUGACCAUGCUCCCCCUCUGUGAGAGAAGGCAGCAACCUCCAGGCCAUCCACAGGCUGAGGAGUUUAGGACCCCCUGUGAAGCCCUGGAGCCAUCAGGCAGGGAUAUGCCACCUGCAUUCCUCAAGGCAUUGAGUAGGAGGAGGCUGUAUGAGGGUAACACAGUGAGCUUUGUGGCUGAGGUGGUGGGUGUGCCCAAGCCAGGAGUGAAGUGGUAUCAUAAUAAAUCUCUCUUGGAGCCAGAUGAGAGAGUGCGGAUAGAGCAGGAUGGGAACAAAUAUGUGCUGGAGAUCACUAAUGUCCAGAAAUCUGAUGAAGGACAGUAUCUGUGCCAUGCAGUGAACAUUGUCGGGGAAGCUAAAAGUAUUGCACAGGUGGAAGUUUUGUCUGAAGAUGGGCGGUCACUAGCACUCCCACCACCUGUCACCCAUCAGCAUGUUAUACACUUUGACCUGGAGCAAAAUACAUCUUCAAGGUCACCUUCACCACAGGAAAUCCUCCUGGAAGUAGAGCUGGAUGAAAAUGAGGUCAAGGAGUUUGAGAAGCAGGUCAAAAUCUUAACUAGUCCUGAGUUUAGCCCAGAUAAGAAGAGCAUGGUGGUUUCCCUGGAUGUUCUUCCACUUGCCUUGUUGGAGCAAGCUGCAGGCUUGGCUGCAGAGGAGAAUGAGGAUGUAAAAAUUGAUUUCCAGGUAACUGAAAUGCCUCCCCGCUUUGCUGUGCCUUUUACAGAUGUCCAAGUGACAGAAGGCUUGGAGGCAGUGUUUGAGUGUGUGGUAACAGGUACUCCUGUCCCUGUAGUGCAGUGGUUCAGAGGCAACACCUGUGUGACACCUGCCACAGGGAAGUAUGCUGUGAGUCAGAAGGAGGGACUUCAUAGUCUGAAGGUUCAAAAUGCAGGUCCUUCUGAUGGCGGCUUGUAUCACUGUCGGGCUAUGAAUAGGCUGGGAGAAGCAACGUGUAAAGGCUCCCUCGUAGUUGUGGCUCCGCAGGGAGCAAGUGCCAAGGCGAGCAGUGAGACAGUGAUGGGCAGCGAACCACACAGGCUCCAGAAGUGUGACUUGCUUUUGAGUAAGACUAUGAAACCAGGUGACCAAUCAGAAAUAGAGCUGGAGUUUGAGUUCGAGCCACACGUAGGCAACUCAAAGAAAGCAAUCCGACUGCUUGCGGCGACUCAACAAGGGCGGGAAGUGGAAGGGGAGAAGUGUGUCAAUGUUAGUUUUGAUGUGUUUGCGGAGCCGUCCCAAGAGGAACAGGUUGAGUUUAGGGCAGAGGACUCGGAGAGCUGCAGCUUUGAGUUCCAGGUCAUAGAAGCCCCUCCUAAAUUCCUAAGGCACAUUUCUGACUACAGUACAUUUGUAGGUGCCUCAGCGUGCUUCCAGUGUGUUGUGACUGGUUUGCCCCCACCAAGUGUCCACUGGUACAAGGAUGGAGUGUUGUUGGAAGGGGACAGGUAUUGUGCUCAGGAAGAGCAAGGGGGCUCUCAUAGCCUCACUAUUGAAAACCUGAUGCAAAGCGACAGUGGGCGGUACAAAUGCAGAGCUACUAACAGGGCAGGAGCUGCUGAGACUUGUGCUGUGUUAACAUUAUACUAA